AUGGGGUCUCGCAAACUCCAAACUCAUCUAGCGCCAUCUGGAUACAAACUUCCGUCUAUACACGCAUUCCCUCCUUUCUUCUGGUCCGUAUCGUUGGGUGGCCAAGUCGAGUUUCUGGCUGAUCCAGGCAGUUUUCAACCAGCUGCAAAAACAAGAGUAUCCCAAGAUGAUCAAUGGGUGCAAUUAAUACUGUCCUACGCUCGUUUCAGGCGGCUAUUUACACUUACUGUGGAUGACGCGGAGAAGACGGGUUCGGACUGGGAGGAAGUGCUGAUUAACGAGAGGAUAAAUCGUCGCCUUACAAAGCAGCAGGUCCGAACGCUCCUCCAGAUGCUGGUGGCGAGGGGACAGGCCACGUAUGAGCCACCGAGGCAGGAUGAUAGCGUUCUACUAUACUGGAGAAAGCCAGGAGAAUGGGCAGAGGUCCUCCACAGCUGGGCCGUCUCGACGGGCCAGCUAAACACCAUCAUGACCUUUUACGAGAUCCAGGCUCCUUCUCUUCCUUCCGAGCUCAGUGACAUUCCAACGCCGCUCCUCAAACGGGCCAUUGAUAUCUUGACCAAGACGAACCGAGCGCAGAUCAUUGAAAGCGAGACGCGUACCCACUUUGUCGUUUUGCAUCUUGAACCCCAACCACGACCUCUGCAUCUCACAAUGGCUGAUCCAUCUGGAGCUCCUCCUCAACCAGGACCAAACGAUGUCUCGACGGCAAUCCUCAGGCCAAAGAAAUCCCCGAAUCGUCUGAUUGUUGACGAUGCAACAAACGACGAUAACUCUGUGGCCACCCUCAAUCCCGCGACCAUGGAGACACUCCAGCUGUUCAGAGGAGACUCUGUUAUUGUUCGUGGAAAAAAGAGGCGCGAUACAGUCCUCAUCGUAAUGAGCGACGAUAGUGUUGAAGAGGGCAAGAUCUUGUUAAACAAGGUUGCUCGUAACAAUAUCCGUGUCAAGCUUGGAGACGUCUGCAAUCUACACGCGUGCCCUGAUAUUCAAUACGGCAAGCGCGUUCACAUUGUGCCCUUUGAUGACUCCGUCGAGGGCUUGAGUGGCAACCUUUUCGAGGUCUACCUCAAGCCAUACUUCUUGGAAGCGUAUCGCCCAGUCCGCAAGGGAGACACUUUCCUCGUCCGUGGUGGUAUGAGAACCGUCGAAUUCAAGGUUCUGGAGACGGACCCAGCAGAAUUCUGUAUCAUCGCACCCGACACUGUGAUCCAUACUGAGGGUGACCCUGUCAAGCGUGAAGAUGAGGAGAACAAUCUCGCUGAUGUUGGCUACGACGACAUUGGUGGAUGCCGUAAACAAAUGGCUCAAAUUCGAGAACUCGUCGAGCUUCCGCUCCGUCACCCACAACUAUUCAAGUCUAUCGGUAUCAAACCUCCACGCGGUAUCCUGAUGUAUGGCCCUCCUGGUACCGGCAAGACACUGAUGGCUCGUGCGGUGGCCAACGAAACCGGUGCAUUCUUCUUCCUCAUCAACGGUCCCGAAAUCAUGAGCAAAAUGGCCGGAGAAUCCGAGAGCAAUCUACGCAAAGCAUUCGAAGAGGCAGAGAAGAACUCGCCUGCAAUCAUCUUCAUCGAUGAGAUUGACUCCAUUGCACCGAAGCGUGAAAAGACCAAUGGUGAAGUCGAACGACGUGUCGUCUCGCAGCUCCUUACCUUGAUGGACGGCAUGAAGGCUCGCUCCAAUGUCGUGGUCAUGGCUGCGACCAACAGACCCAACUCUAUCGAUCCCGCCCUGCGUCGAUUCGGUCGAUUCGAUCGUGAAGUUGACAUCGGUAUUCCCGACCCGACUGGCCGUCUGGAAAUCCUUCGCAUCCACACAAAGAAUAUGAAGCUCGCCGAUGAUGUCGACCUUGAGCAAAUUGCCGCCGACACACACGGUUACGUCGGUUCUGAUAUUGCUUCUCUUUGCUCAGAAGCUGCCAUGCAGCAAAUCCGCGAGAAGAUGGACCUCAUCGAUCUGGACGAGGAUACCAUUGAUGCCGAAGUACUUGAUGCCCUCGGUGUCACAAUGGAAAAUUUCCGUUUCGCCCUUGGUGUCUCGAACCCGUCUGCCCUUCGCGAAACAGUCGUCGAGGUCCCAACCGUCACCUGGGACGACAUUGGCGGUCUCGAAAAGGUCAAACAGGAGCUACAGGAGACUGUCCAGUACCCAGUCGAACAUCCCGAGAAGUUCCUCAAGUACGGCAUGUCGCCGUCGAAGGGUGUUCUCUUCUACGGUCCUCCUGGAACGGGUAAGACUCUUCUGGCCAAGGCUAUUGCGCAUGAAUGCCAGGCCAACUUCAUCUCGAUCAAGGGUCCUGAACUUCUUACAAUGUGGUUCGGUGAAUCCGAAGCCAAUGUUCGAGACGUUUUCGACAAGGCACGCGCAGCUGCUCCUUGUGUCAUGUUCUUCGAUGAAUUGGACUCGAUCGCUAAGGCCCGUGGUGGCUCGUCUGGAGAUGCUGGAGGCGCUGGUGACCGUGUGUUGAACCAGUUGCUGACGGAGAUGGACGGUAUGAAUGCGAAGAAGAAUGUGUUCAUCAUUGGCGCCACCAAUCGACCAGACCAAAUCGACCCUGCCCUCCUUCGUCCUGGUCGUCUAGAUCAGCUCAUCUACAUUCCGCUCCCCGACCUUCCAUCGCGUAUCUCCAUCUUGAAGGCGACCCUCAAGAAGUCGCCAGUCUCGCCCGAUGUCGAUCUUGGAUUCUUGGCCAAGUCUACCGAAGGCUUCUCUGGUGCAGAUUUGACUGAAAUCUGUCAAAGAGCUGCCAAGCUGGCAAUUCGUGAAAGCAUCGACGCCGACAUUCGUAGGUCGCGCGAGAAGAGGGCGCGUGAGGAAGCGGGCGAGACUGGUAUGGAUGAGGACGAAGAAGAGGACCCAGUCCCUCAGAUUACAAUUGAACAUUUCGAAGAGGCCAUGAAGUAUGCGCGCCGCUCAGUGUCGGAACAAGACAUCCGCCGUUAUGACAUGUUUGCUCAGAACUUGCAACAAUCCCGUGGCUUCGGCUCAUUCAAGUUCCCAGAGGGAGGCCAACCGAGUGCCACUGGAGGUGCACCGACCAAUCAGGGGAAUGCAGGUUUCCAGGAGCAAGAAGAAGACGACCUUUACGCGUAA